ACUGACCAGAUCGUCCACUGCUUCAAGCUACUUGAACACCUACCCAAUAAUAUCCAACUUGUUCAAAGUUGGCAUGCAACUGACGGCUGUCGGACUCAAUUCAAAUGUGAUUCAUCAACCAGUUGGUGAGACCGAGGUCGGGGACCGUCUGUCAGUCCGCAUGUGUCGGGACGAUAGUCGUUCAUCACUUCCAGGAUCAUUCAUCGAUGCACCUGCAAAGUCUUUGCAGUUCCCUAAUAAGAAACCGAUCAUCAAUCCACUACAAAAUCUUUCAGAAUUUAACAGAUGCAAACUGGCUCACUCGAAAACGCACGGCAACUUCGUCCAACACCACAAAUUGGAUUCGAUGUUCUACAUUUCCGAUUCAUCUCCGUCGUUGAGUCCUGAUGAGGUUCCUUGCAGAAGCCUCUUCAAAGAUUUCUUGGCUGCUGGAAACUUCAGAGGGGAAACGAUGAAGAUGAAGAACUUAAUUAUCAGCGAGAAGUCGCUGGAGGAAACUGCUGAGGAAGGGAAACAUGAGAAAAAUGUUAACUGUGAGGUAGACAGCGAGUUGAACAAUAGGUUGAACAUUUCAAAUACUCCUAAGAAGAAAAAUAAGUUAGCUAGAAUGAUCGACAAAACGCUAACCAACAAAAAGAAUAAAUGAAUUUUUUCCCAGCUCCCGUUUCAUUAAUUAAAUGAAAACUUAUUUACGAAGUUACGAGGUAGGGCAUCAGGCUGAUCCUGUGAAAUGGAAUGUAUGGAUCUAAUUAAUGUGGAUGCUAUAACUUGCGAUAAGAUAAAAGUUUCUAGUUUACAUUAAUGUUCAUGCCAAAAUGUUACAUGGGCUGACCAUCUAAGGUCUUCAUUCACAUUAUUGUAUGCAUUUAACUUUAGUAUCAAUCGAUCUGAAUAUUUAAAAACAAUUAGUCAGUAGCGUUAAGAAAUUAUUUUGUUAAGAGCAUUUAAAUUAAUUUUGUAUAACAUUUAAAACAAAACCUUGUACUUGAAGGCCAUAUCAUAUCCGCACACGUUCAUGUUCAUAUAAUUGGUAUAUUAACACGUGAACGUUCAUAUUUGCUGCAUUCGUGAAGAUUGUAAUACAUUCCAUAUAGUCUUAUCAUUGCCUAUUUUCGUUAAAAGUUUAGGUUUUUGAAGCUAUUUACAACAAUUUAGAGUUAUUAAAACUUAUUCUAGUACAAAAUGCUAUUUUUUGUUAUUUUAAUUUUCAUUUAUUUUAGGUUUUUUUUAAUUAUAUUAAGAUUAGAUUUAUUUUUUUAGAUGUUCGUGCGUCGGAUGCAGAAUUCUACAAAUAAUGCAACUGUGCAUAUGUUUAUUAGCGUGAGUGUGACGUGUACAAGCAAUGUAUAUUCUUUUACAUAUUUUAUCUUAAUGUUGAUGCUAUUUGUUAUGUCAUACGAUGUAUCUUAAGAUUCACUAUGUUUGUUGUUUACCAACAGAUCCACUUGGAUAUCUGUUUAUAUAUAAUCUGCGACGUA